AUGGAGUCCAGACUGGCAGACGGACUCCACAUCACCACAGCUCUGGAGGUCAGACUGAAGGUCAGUGAGGAAUAUCUGGAGACGGAGCACACAGCUCCCGGCUGGGGGGGCGCGAGGAGGCCGAGCGGCGGCACUCCGGCAGCAGCUCAGCUGAAGGUGGCCUUCAGCGCCGGGCUGACGGACUCCGGGGUCUUGGGCCCCUUCGACGAGGAGACGACGCUGGUCUUCUCCAAGACCAUCACCAACAUCGGCCGGGCCUACAACCAGACUGCAGGUGUGUUCACGGCUCCCGUCAGAGGACUCUACUUCUUCAGCUUCACGGCAGAAGAUUACCUGAAGGGUUACAUGGGUCUCCACCUGUACCGGAACAACCAGCCAAUCGUCUUCAGCCUGGACCUCAACACCCACGGUGGCUACGCGUCCACGUCCGGCGGCGUGGCGCUGCAGCUGGAGAGCGGCGAUGGCGUCCGCCUCAGCCUGCCGACCAGCUACCGACUCUACGACGACUCGCGCAACCUCAGCAUCUUCUCCGACUUCCUGCUGGUCCCCCUCUGA